AUGGAGAUCCCAGAUGACCCUGACAGCCCUGAUGAAAUUGGAAUCAAUGGGGCUAUGAAGUACUUUGGUGACCUUCAGGUCAGGUUAGAUGAGGUCGCCUGUCUUGCCGUAGCCGAGCUAUUACGUUCUCCAUCCAUGGGAGAAUUUACCCGAGAAGGGUUUGUCGAAGGAUGGAGAGGAACUACUGAGUUUGCUUCCCUGGAACCCUUGUAUUCAGCUCUUAUAUACUCACAGCUUUCUAGGUGUGAUACCAUUGAGAAACAAGCCUCUUAUGCGAAUGGCCUACGCAAACUGUUAUUGGAUGACCCAAAUUACUUCCGACGAGUAUAUCGCUAUACAUUCUUAUUGUGUCGAAUGCAAGGCCAGCGCAAUGUUAACAUAGAACUUGCUGUUGAACAGUGGCAGCUUUUCUUCACCUCAGAGAAUGGCGGCGUUGCAUGGGAGACCAAGUCCGUGCCAUGGCUGAAAUGGUGGAUCGAAUUUAUUGAAACUAAACAUAAGCGCCCAAUCAAUAAGGAUCUAUGGGAGCAAACAGAGGUUUUGAUGCGCAAAACCAUGGAGGAUGAGUCCAUGAGUUGGUGGAGCCCUGAUGCUGCUUGGCCGGGAGCUAUCGAUGAUUUUGUUGCCUUUGUUAAAGAGAAGCAGGGAGCGACGGCAAUGCAGCAAUGA